AUGAUGGCCGCUCCCGAGGGUUAUAUCAUCGUACCGGUCGUCCAACUCGACCCUGAAUAUCUACGCAACCUACAAUGGCCACCUUCCGAUCACUACGCUUAUUCUACCCAAUCGACCAAAGAAGAUCUGGAUCAGACAGCGGCAGGAUUUGGGACUCCUGGAAAAUACAGAAGCGGAUUCCCCUGGUGGAGCGUCGUCUGGCGCCUGCUCUGCUCUCUCCUCUUUGGAGUCUCCCUCAUGCUGAUCCUGUACUUCUAUUCAAAGAAACUCAGCAUGGACUCAUGGGAGCGCCGCAUCUUCACCGCUUUGACCAUCUUCUUCUCCUCGCUGAUCAGCUUAUCUCUUGGAUCACUGUUAGGGCUCCUAGGUUCUGCACUGCGCUGGCCGCUACUCGCUGCCCGGCCGCACACCCCGAGGGAGGUAGACCUCCUUUUUGGCAUCGGUAACCCCACGGUUGCACUCAAGUUGCUGGCUCAUUGCUCGGUAACCUUCCAUGGCUGGAAGCCUAAGUUUAGGAAGUGGUCGGCUACCAUGCUGGGGCCGAGCCAAUUAUGGUCACCAAUUUCGGUAGCCAAGAAUGGAUACAGGUGGGGGGAAAAUGCGUCGAUUCAUAACAUGAGAAGGAAGUCGAGUCCACGGGCUAAGGACAUGGGCGUAGAUCAGGUGAAUGCCUUCGCGAUAGCAGCAUUGACUACCGUGCCAACUCUCUUCGACGAGAGUAACCCAUCAACAUGGAAUAUGAGGGAUAUCAGCAGGCAAGGUCUGCACCGCACUGUCAACGAGAGAACCCAGACUGUCACCUAUACAUACCACCUCCACGAGUAUCGUGGUCAGGAGGAGUAUCCAUCACCAGACAGGAUUGUACACAGCUCGUCGACCUGCAGAGCUCGUACCAUUUUUGAUAAAGACGUUUAUGAAAAUGGGACCUUGGUUGCCAGAAUACCAGCCAGCGACUAUCUAUGGGUUAUGGACGCGGAUUAUAGCAGGCGAGAUAACCCGUCCGCUUGCGUGACAAGCUACAUCUACACUAAUGCUCUGUUUAGUUUCGAGGCUGUCAUCCAGGACAUAAUGGUUCCGGCCAUCUACGAAUGCACCACCUGCCUAACCGAUGGCUUAGGCAGUCCUGGAGUGAGUCCUAACGUGUUCUUCAACUUCCCCUCAUCAAACUUCUCUGAGACAAUCAACCUCCUGCUUGGCCUCGGCACCCAGUCAUCGAGCUUUGUUUACAAUGGCUCAACGGACAACCCAAUGGCAGCCUUCACAAACACUCAUUAUGACCCCUCCGCAAUCACGGAAAAGACACGCUUCAUUGAUCAUAUCAACAAACUCUUCAAGAACGAUUUCGAAAAAGACUGGACCCAAGUCCCCAUCCCUACGAGCUGGGUGCUGGAUGUUGCUCACCUGACGGCCCGCCUGCCCAUUCUGCCCAUCAUCGGCGCCGAGAUGCGGCUGCCGCGAAUUCUGCGUGACCCUGGGGAAUCUGCGGAGCCCUUUGUUCUGACGAGCCUCGAGGUGAAGUGGACGCGGGCAGUGUGGAUUCUGGUUGCAUUGAUGGGCGGGCAACUGCUGAUGGUUACGGUGGUAGCUUUCCUUACGCGCAAGGUGCCAAUUCGCGAGCAUGACAGCUACUUGACUGUGGCUCGGCUCAUGCGGACUGCGAUGGACACGGUUGAGGGAGGGAGCAUGGCGGCUGUGGAGGAGCUGGCAGAGAUUAUACAAGGGAAAUUGGGGGCUCAUGGGAUUAGAUACGGGACCAGGAUGAUCGAUCAAGGGACGAGGUGUGUGGAUCUCUGGGAGGAUGUGGAACGCAAGUUUCCCAAAGAUGUGAAGUAUGAUUAA